GAACAGACUUGACGAGAACGCGAGUACGGACUCGCGUUCUUGUGAAUUGAGAAACGGCCGUUGAUUAGUUAAAAGAAGCCGGACGUGUGUGCCUCAUCUCAUCUGUUAUGUGCAGCAGCAUCACGCAUCAAUUGACGGGUGACAAAGUUGGGGGCCCGUCCGGGAUAGUGCCUCCCGCUGGACUGGUGCCAUCUGUCAAAUAACCAUGAAUACCUGUUCUGUGAGCCGAUGACCUAAGUGCAAGACUUUUGGUGUCCAGAGAUGGCCGCCCUGCAUGAGCUGCAUUGGAAAAUCCAACAGCAGCUUCACCAGCUGGUUAAUGAGGCCAGAAGAGACCUGCUCCACCAGCUAGCAGGAUCAUGCAAAGAUGAGGUGGGAGAAGAGGUGCUAAGGGAGGAUUCGACUGAGGUGGAACUCUUUGACUUCAUUGUUGAUUUCUUAAGAAGUAAACAACUGAGGAGCUUGGAGGACCGUGGGAUGUCUCGUCUGCUGGUAUUUCGUGACCUCAUUGAUGAACUGCAAACACCGCAGGAAGCAGAGGCCGGAGCCCAGCACCAGUCGGCAGAUGAAGCGGAAAUAGCAUCUGUGUCCGAGACUGAGCCGAUCGUAGCAGCACCCAUCAUAAACAAGAGAGUCUCAACACCAGUGGUUGCAGUUCAGACCAACAUAACAACUUUUGAAGACGGCACAAAGCCGGAAAUGAAGAGAUUGGGACUUGACUCUUACCAGUGCCCGUUUUGCCCGAAGGUUGGGCCAUAUCACAGGCUAGUACCGCAUUUACAAAGCCACCAGAGGGCCUGCAUUAACUAUGGAGGAUAUAGAGUCUACAAAUGCCACCUGGGUUGUGUGGCCUACGGUCAUUAUCACUGUGGCUUUUGCCCCAGAAUUAUUAUCAGAAAAGAGUACUUCUUCACUCACUUUAAGAAGUGCCUAUGUCUACGCCGAGCAAUGGCAGUGGCUGUUCCAUCAGCGCUGCCUGUAGGGACCACGGGUCAACCAGCGUUGCCAGCAGGGACCACAGGUCCACCAGCGUUGCCAGGAGGGACCACGGGUCAACCAGCUUUGCAGACAGGGACCACGGGUCAACCGGCGUUGCCAGCAGGGACCACAGGUCCACCAGUGUUGCCAGGAGGGACCACGGGUCCACCAGCGUUGCCAGCAGGGACCACGGGUCAACCGGCGUUGCCAGCAGGGACCACGGGUCCACCAGCGUUGCCAGCAGGGACCACGGGUCCACCAGCGUUGCAGACAGGGACCACGGGUCAACCGGCGUUGCCAGCAGGGACCACGGGUCCACCAGCGUUGCCAGCAGGGACCACGGGUCCACCAGCGUUGCAGACAGGGACCACGGGUCCACCAGCGUUGCAGACAGGGACCACGGGUCAACCGGCGUUGCCAGCAGGGACCACGGGUCAACCAGUGUUGCCAGCGGGGACCACGGGUCAAUCAGCUUUGAUGCCAGGGACCACAGGCCAACCAGUGUUGGCGCCAGAGACUAAGGCUUUUGAAACUUGUCCCAUAGCUCCAGCAGCAGCAGCGGUGAAGACCCCCAAAAUAUUGCCGUCAAAGCACAGAAAAACCAGAUGUUGUUUGUGCAACUUGGAACUGCUACAAAAGAACCUGAAAGUGCACAUUCAGAGACAACACUUAUUAAAAACACCAGACAUCACGGCAAAUCACUCUGUGGAGUUUGUGUGUUGUGACGAAAAAGAGACGUUUAUACAGUUUUUAUGACGUACCCAUUACAUUCAUGUCCAAAGGCAUAGCUGGCAUGAGAAGUAACAGAUUGCCUGUCAAUUGGAUGCAUGCAACAGAUUCUAAUGGAAUGAAAUAUGUAUAAACAUAAAU